UUUAUUUUUAUUUAGCCACUAGAGGCACCCAACCAAACAAGGAAGUUUCAAAUAAGUGCCGACGUAGCUUACGUGCUGCGUACAGUACGUCAAUGCGGUAGUACUAACGUUAGUGACAACGAAGGAACACACGGGCUGGGAAGGGCUGUGGAUUUGUUUAGCCCAAGUGUGAAACUGACCCCUACCGCGCCGCUGAAAAUCAAAAGAAAUCCUGGGGACAUUGAUCAGCAUGGGCAACGGAGAGAGCGGCUGCGGUGGUGGUAGUGGUGACGAGGAAGAUGUCGAGACGGAAAGCCCAGGGUUUGCGGAAGGCAGCCCGGCCUCUGCGGCCACAGGCGCAGGGGCUGGCAGUGGCGGAGGUUCUGGCUCAGCAAGAAACGGAAAGGGAUCAAAUAACCCUGCCGUACCGAGUAGCGGAUUGCCCACCCCCGGAGACCUUUUAGAGCAAGUCAAACUGAGAGAGGCAGCGGCCCGCAUGAGCGACUCCUGGGUCGCUAUAUCCGAGUCGGUCCUUACACGGAAUGAGGGCGCUCUGGUGCGGUGGUUGGAGGAACGCCUGGGCCGGGGAGAGGAGUCGGUAACUGUGGAGCAAUUCUGUGAGAUGCUGGAAAGCAGAGACGCCCCACGAGAGGAGUGCGAGGAGGCUUUUGGGCAGUUUGAUGCAGAGGGCGAUGGCUUUGUGGAUGUGGAGAACAUGCUCAUGGCUCUGAAGAACUGCAAUGGUGCCAACUUGCAGGGGGAACUCAGUCAUGUUAUCAGGCAGCUCCAGGCUUGCUCUCUCACACCAGGUUUUGUAGACAUUUUCUCUAAGUCAAAAGAUCGCCUGGGGGACCACGCUUCCAAAAUCUUGAAGUUUUUGCACCGGAAUCGUAUCCCCAGUAAUGCCAUUCCUUUUCCCCUCCUGGAGGGCUACAACAGCAUCUGCACUAUGAGGGCAAAGGUUAUGCAGGACUAUCUGGACUACUUGCUGCAAAAAGAGAAAGAUUUAGACAUCCAAUACAGAGCGGAGUUUCAUCGUGACCCGGAAGUAGACAAGGUGAAGGUCAUCACUCAGUGCUACAGUCUCAUCGAGGUGUCCUCCAACACCCACGAAGCAAGCAAAAUGACAAACGGAGAGACUACGUCGUACUGGCAGUCCGACGGCAGCGCCCGCUCACACUGGAUAAGGUUGAAGAUGAAGCCGGACGUGGUGCUGAGACGACUGUCCAUUGCCGUGGCCUCCAACGACCACAGCUACAUGCCCCAGCUGGUGUCGGUGGCGGUGGGGAGGAACCGUCACACACUGCAGGAGAUCCGCGAGGUCCGCAUCCCCAGCAACGUCAUGGGCUACGUGGCCCUGCUGGAGAACGCCAACAUCACCCAUCCAUAUGUACAAAUCAACAUCAAGCGGUGUCUGAGUGACGGCUGUGACACCCGUAUCCACGGCUUGAAGACCAUGGGCUAUCAGAUCACCAAGAGCAAGGAGGUGUCCGUCACCGACGCCUCAGCCAUCUGGUACCUGUCGCUCCUGACUUCCUUAGUCACCGCUUCCAUGGAGACCAACCCCGUCCUGGCUCAGACGGUCUUACAGAACACUCAGAAAGCCUUACAGCACAUGCCCCCGCUGUCCUUAACUCCAGCCUCCACCGAGUUCCCCAAGUUCUUCUCCUCAAACGUCCUGGAAGAAGUGGACGGCUUCCUUCUCCGAAUAGCAGACUGUUGUGUGACACCCGAUGCAGAGCUGACCCUGUUGGCCUUCGCCCUGGCCAGAGGGAACGUGGCCAAAGUCCUGCAGUCCCUGUCGGGGAUCUGUGAGCACCUGGACCUGGAGUAUAGAGCAUCCUCGCUCCUCAAGUCCAUGGCCACGGUCAGACUACGCCUGCUGCACAGACACGGGAAACCCCUGCAGCUUUGCCUGCAGGCCUGUGAUGUGAAGGGCAAAGAGGAGAAGUCGGGUCCAGAGAGCAUGCUGACCGAACCAACCACAGGAGACGGGUUUCUUACCGAGGCGGGUAAGAAGCGAGCCAGUGUGAUUCUGUCCACAGAGGACCAGAGCAGCUUCCAGGUCACGCAGAUAAAGAUCAAAGUGCGCAAGGGAGCAAUAGGUGCCAAGUGUGGCCUUGUGUUUGCCUACAAUGAUCCAGACGCUUUUAAUGCAGACAAACAUUUUAAACGCUUCAAAAAGUUUGAUGUAUGGGAUCAUAAGGACUAUAAAGACUUUGUUCAGAACGGCACCAGCAGUGUAGGCCAGACGGAGGAUGAUCCCAUUGGCUGCUUCGAGCUGGAGGAGGACUGGAACGAUGUGGAGAUCAAGCUGCGCCAGUGUCGGGUGUCAAAGUUCUUGAUGGUGAAGUUCCUGUGCGCGCGGCAGGAGUCUGCGGAGCGUCUGGGGGUGCAGCAGCUCAGCUUCAGCGGCUACCUGUGUCCGGGGGCCGACCAGACUGAGCCCCUGGAGGAGCUGAGCCUCGAGCCGGAGGGGGCCGACAGCGGCCUCACCACAGGACACACCCUCCUGAGAAAGACCCUCUUCUUCAUCCAGCAGCUCACCAGAGACAUGGAUGUGUCCCUUUACAAGCAGAAGUUCCUGCUGGACUUCAGUGGCUUAAACCUGCAACUCUUCUGGGAGUUCUACAACAAACUCAGGAAUAUCGAGGGAGAGGAGGCGGUGAAGACGAGGGUCCUGCUUCUCCAGCUGCUGCAGAACUGCUUCCCCGUGCUGCCCAGUCCACCGGCGUGCCAGAGCCCCACGGAGGCCUCGGCCAGCACGGAGCGAGACCACUCCGAGGCCGUGUGGGACCUCUACAGUCACCUGUGUCAGGUGGUGGAUGGUCCAGAGGGCGAAGCAACAGUGGACAAAGCGCUCAGACGGGAAGCCGUGAAAGCCAUACUGAACGGAGCGGUCAUCUUCUUCCCUUACAAACAAAGUCGGAGGGACAAGCUUUUUGACUUGAUGACAAGCAUCACUGAGGAAGAUCAGCUGGAGUCGGUGAAACUGACUUUUGAGUCUCUGUGCAACUACUUCAGUGACAAAGACCCCAGCGGUCUGCUCCUGUUGCCCCCGAAAGAUGCCCCCCCAGACUUCAACAUCAGCCCCGUCCUCAGUGUGAUGGACACGCUCAUCCGUGUAGCGAUGCGAGAGUGUGAGGCGGUGAUGGUGGAACCGAGCGGGGGGCCCAGCCGGAAGGUUCUGCUGUCCCUCUACUGGGCGCUGCAGGGGAACCUGCUGUCCUGGUGCUACCUGCAGCUCAAAGCAGGGCCGUCCACAGCCUCCGAGCUGGCCAAGGCCAUCCUCACUGAAUACGUGCACCAGUUCCUGUCGGGGGCGCGCACCAUGCUAACGUCACUGCUGCAGCGCCACAGCACCACGGAGCUCAUGGAGAAGCUGAGCGGCUCCAUCAUGGCCAUCGCCACCAGGCAGCUGAUCAUCUUCCUGCUGGAGCUGUGCUCUCUGGACAUUCCUCACUGUGAGCUCCUGCACAGUUUCUGCUCUGUGGUGGAGCUGCUGUCCAGCCUCUCCUGCGACACAGGGGACAUCUUCUCCUCGGCGGACAUGGAGAACUGUCAGCAGCCUCAGCAGCCAGUGGUCCUGAAGACGUGGGACAUGGAGUCCCCUCACAACUACGAGAACAGCCAGCACGAGACCACCGUGUUCGUCUGCCCCGGGGCCACGUCCUUCGAGGUGGAGUUCGAUGACCGCUGUGAAACAGAGAAAAGGUACGAUUACCUGGAGUUCACUGAUGCAAGAGGUGGGAAAGUUCGAUACGACAUGAAGGUUGGCACAGAGAAAUGGCCAAAGAAAGUGACGUUCAAAGGAGGCCCGCAGCUGCAGUUCCUCUUCCACUCGGACAGCAGUAAUAACGAGUGGGGCUACAAGUUCACCGUCACCUCCUAUGGCCUGCCCGACGUCACCGUCUCCUGGAUCUCCGACCUGCAACUGCUGGUGUCCAGACUCAUGGGCCAUUUGGCGUCCCGCACCAUGGCCCUCAAAAUGCCACUGGACACCCAUGAAGGGAAGGAGCAGCCUGCUGGGAAGAUGAGUCAUGUCCUCUCGUCCACACUGUGGAAGACAAUCUUCAGACACGGCCUGAGCAACGCUGGCUCCCAGAGUCAGGACCGAGAGAAGGUGGAAACGGAGGAUGGGCUGCUGGACUUCCUUGUGGCCUUUGCGAAAUGGGAGCCGUCUCCGGAUUCCCCUGACGCCAGGGUGGAGUUGAUGAGAGGCCUCAUGUUGACCUGCAAGAAGCAGGCCGUCCGGAACGAGAUUGCUGGCGGCGCAAAGGUGGACCAGGCAGUGAAUGCCGUGUGGUCAGCCAUGGUCUACCACACACCAGCCCUCCAUCACAGCCUCAAACUCUAUGUGUCCAAGGGUGGCCAGGUCAGUCUCCCUGAAGACCUGGUACAGGUUUACAAGCUGGCAGAUAGUAUCCGCACAUGGAUGCUGGAGAUGAAGCAGCGCUACCUGGUCAAAAAGAUGAAUGUGGGGGAGAAUGACAAGGAGCAGGUAGAGGUCAGCAUGGACUCAUUAGCGGAGGUGUGCAUUGAGAAGAGCCUGCUGCUCUUCAGAUUUGUUCCCAGGGGAGUGCUCUCUCAGGUGUCCGAGUCCUCCAAACCAGAGGGGGGCGCCGGCGCUAACCCUUUCCUCCGCUCCAUCUCCAUAUCCGAGGCCGACUUCCAGGCCAGCAUGGGCCCCUCCCCGUCCCAGCCCCCCAAGGCCGAGGCGGCCUCCGCCGAUCCCCCCGCCCCCGUCACCGCCGGCAACCACGCCCCCGCCCCGGGGCUGCCGCCGUCGUCUCACCCGAGCCGGGUCCACUCUCAGAUGUCCUCGGCCUCGGACCCCGGAGCGUCCAGCAGUGGCAGCGGGAGCGCUGCUGCAACCACAGAGCCGGUCUCGCCCGUGGCCCUGCAGCGGCGUUCGCUCUUCAGCCGCGAGCGUCUCCGCCUGCUCUCCUUCCGCUCCAUGGAGGAGCCCCGCAUGGCCCCCUCCGUCAAGGAGUGCUUCCCCAUCCUCAAGGACAUCCUCAACUUCACCAAGGACCAGGCCAUCAGCGUGGCCAGUGUCCUGCAGACGCUGUCGCUAAAGAAGGCACAGGCCCAGAGUGUGUGUAAGGUGCUGGAGACGGUCCAGUGGUGUCUGCGCUCCAUGGGCAAGCCGCACCUCUUCCAGGCCCCCUGCAUUCUCUUCCUCCAGGAGCUGCUGGCCUGUCAGAAGGACUUCUCCAGUUAUUUCUCCCAGCUGUCGGGCUGCGGGCAGGAGCUGAGGGAACAGGUGCGGCGCUCCUACCACCGGCUGGUCCUCAUGCUCGUGGAGGCCGUCCAGAGCUUCAGCAGCCUCAACGCAAAGGUCCUGCUGCCCGCCCUGUCGUGUGUGCAGACCUGCUUGCUCCACCUGCUGGACAUGAGCUGGGAGGUGGAGGACCUGUCCCUCUUCCUGGACAUCAAGCUGCCCGACCUGCUGCUCACCAUGUCCCAGGAGAACAUCAGCGUGCAUGACAUCGCCAUCAGUCAGUGGACAGAGGAGGAUGAGAUUGCGGACUAUGAGAGGAACAUGGAGUGGAUGGACGAGUGCAUGGACGGUAUGCUGGAGAAGUGGUACGACAAGGUGAUCCAGGGGACGAUUGAGAGCAGAAGAAAGAUGCACAUGUUCAUAGCGCGCUACUGCGACCUGCUGAACGUGGAGAUCUCAUGUGACGGCUGUGAGAGGAUCGCCCCAUGGCACCGUUACCGCUGCCUGCAGUGCACCGACAUGGACCUCUGCAAGACCUGCUUUCUCAGUGGUGCCAAGCCCGAGGGUCACGAGGAUGACCAUGAAAUGGUCAACAUGGAGUACGCCUGUGACCACUGCCAAGGCCUGAUAGUGGGCAGCCGUAUCAACUGCAACGUGUGUGAGGACUUUGACUUGUGCUUCGGCUGCUACAACGCCAAAAAAUACCCAGACAGUCACCUCCCCACCCACCGCAUCACCGUCUACCCGAUGGUGACCAUCCGCAUCAGUGACCGCCACCGCCUCAUCCAGCCCUACAUCCACAACUACUCCUGGCUGCUGUUCGCCGCGCUGGCGCUCUUCACCUCCGAGCUGACCAGCCGACUGCCGGCCGAGGGCCAGGGCCUGGGGGCGCCCACGCUGGAGCAGGCCGCCGGGCUCCACGCCCGCUGCUCUGAGCUCAUCACCGAGUGCCUGCUCAAGGGCCAGACGGGCAAAGGGCUGAAGGCGUCGGCUCUGAUCUCGAUGCUGUCCUCAGCCGAGUCGGCCACGGAGAGUGAGCUGGAGCCCUGCAGCCCGGAGUCCUCCCAGGAGAUCAGCACCACCGACACGUCCUCCCUGCCCGCCAGCACGGCCGCCGUCUGCUCGCCGCUGCCCCCCAAAGACAGGAGGAAAAGCCAGGAGGCUGACGUGCCCCUGCCCUCCAAAGCCGAGGGUGAGCGGCCCAAGAGGAAGCUGGUCUCCCAGGACACCUUGGACUCGUCCAGCCUGAGCCAGACUCCGUCCGUGUCCAGUGAAGGCACACUCUCCCCUGGGGUCAGAGCCCCGGAGUCUGAGGGGGACACGGUCACCUCUCCGACCACGGAGACCGUGGAGGGGGACAAGGUGCAGGAGGAGAAGACGGCGCGCAUGCCCCUUCAGGAGCACGUGUUUGCCGAGUGCUCAAGGGAGAGGAUCCUGGGCCUGCUGGCAGCCAUGCUGCCCCCAGCCAAACAGGGUAGCAGCAUGUCCCUGAGCAGCCUGAGUGCCAUCCUGCCGCUGCUCUUCCGUGGGGUCAUCUCCAACGCGGGCUGCCUGAACGAGACCUACCACCUGACCCUGGGGCUGCUGGGACAGCUGCUGCUGUGCAUCGCGCCCGCCGAGACCGACGCCGCCGUCAUCGAGGCUCUGGCCGACAAGUACGAGCUGCUGAGCCUGGGCGACGGGGCAGCGGGCGGCGGAGCGGGCAGCACACUGAACACGCCCGGCUGGAAGACCACGCAGCUGCUCUUCAGCCUGGGCGCUGUUUGCCUGGACAGUCGUAUCGGCCUGGACUGGGCAUGCACAGUGGCCGACAUCCUGCGCAACCUGAACGUCUGUCCUCAGUGGUCGGGCGUCCUAGCCGGCUUCACAGACCACUGUGUCCAGCAGCUCCCUCAGCAACUUAAACGCACCAACCUCUUCACCCUGCUGGUGCUGGUGGGCUUCCCCGAGGUUUUGUGUAUGGGAACUCAGUCAGUGUUCAUUGACAAUGCCAACGAGCAGCACAACAUGAUCUUGCUGAAGCACUUCACUGAGAAGAACCGGGCAGCUGUGGUUGACGUGAAAACCCGUAAGAGGAGAACAGUGAAGGACUACCAGCUCGUCCAGCAGCAUGACAGCAGCAGGACGGACUCGUACAGCGAGGGCCCUGUUCCGAGCCCCACCUCCACACACCUGUCCCGCUACCUCCAGAACUUCAUCGCCAUCAUCAGCCACCUGCUCCAGGCCGGAGUGGACAGCAGCGCUGCCGAUGCCGUGGAGGCCACCUGGGUCCUCUCCCUGGCCCUCAAGGGCCUCUACAACACACUCAAGAAGCACGGCGUGGCGCAGGCCCAGGAGGCCAUCCAGAGCUCGGGCCUGACCCAGCUGCUGGUGCGCAAGUGCAGCAAGGGCACGGGCUUCAGCAAGAUGUGGCUGCUCCGCGACCUGGAGAUCCUGUCCAUCAUGCUCUACUCGUCCAAGCGCGAGAUCCACUCCAUGGCCGAGGACACGGACGGCGAGGCCGACCGCGAGGAGGACGACGACGAGGAAGGGGAGGACGAGGGCGAGGUGAUGGGGAGGGGCGGCGAGAAGGGCCACGACUCGGACCACUCCAGCUGCUGCGCGGAUGAGAACGAGCCCGGCCGGCCAGACCCUCUGGAGGGGCUGGACGAGGAGACCAAAAUCUGCUUCCAGAUUACCCAUGAUGCCUUGAACGCACCCCUGCACAUUCUGAGGGCCAUGUAUGAGCUGCAGAUGAAGAGGACGGACUCGUUCUUCCUGGAGGUGCAGAAAAGGUUCGAUGGAGAUCGGAUCAAAACCGACGAGGCCAUCCGCACUCUAGCCCAGAAGUGGCAGCCCACUAAAAACCCCCGCUCCUCGGUCACCACCAAGGCCGUGGACACUGACAUGGUUGUUGUACCAUGUGUGUCCAAGCCGAGCCGGUGCGAGAAGGCGACGGAGGAGAGCAACAUGGUGACACAGAAGCUCAUCACCAACACGGAGAGCGACCUGCAGCUGAGCUACGCCAAGCAGCGGCGCACCAAGAGCUCGGCGCUGCUGCACAAGGAGCUGGACGCGCGCAGCAACAAGGCCGUGCGCCAGUACCUGGUGAAGGUCAACGAGGCCAUCGCCAUCCUGUACGCGCGCCACGUGCUGGCCUCGCUGCUGGCCGACUGGCCCGCCGGCGCCCCCAUCAGCGAGGAGGACCUGGAGCUGAGCGGCGCCUCGCACCUCGCUUACAUCCUGGACAUGCUCAUGCAGCUGGAGGAGCGCCCACUCUGGGAAAGGAUCCUACAGAAGGUGUUGCAGGGCUGCAGCCAGGGCAUGCUGGGUAGUCUGUCGCUGACCGCCUGCCAGUUCAUGGAGGAACCCGGCAUGGCCGUGCAGGUGCGCGAGUCCAAGCACCCCUACGACAACGACACCAACUUCCAGGACAAGGUGCACAUCCCCGGGGCCAUCUACUUGUCGGUGAAGUUUGACCCGCGCUGCCACACGGAGGAGGGCUGUGAUGAGCUGCUGAUGGCCAGCAGUGCUGACUUCCUGCAGGACAUGCACAACUUCAGCGGUUCCCACCAGAAGUGGACCGACUUCGAGAUCCCAGGGGACACUCUCCACUACAGGUUCGUCUCUGACAUGAGUAACACUGAAUGGGGCUACAAGUUCACUGUGACUGGGGGCCAUCGAGGACGCUUCCAAACAGGCUUUGAGAUCAUGAAGCAGAUGCUGGCGGACGAGAAGGCUCUGGUCCACCUGCCCCUGUCCGACAUUUGGGAGUGGCAGGUGGGCGUGGCCUGUCGGCAGACCGGGAACCAGCGCCUCAAGGCCAUCCACCUGCUGCUGCGCCUGCUGCAGUGCCCCACGCAGUGGGCCUGUGACCUGACGCUGCUGCGGCCGCUCUUCCUGCUCUUCACCUCUAUGGAGAGCACGGCCAGUCGGGACUCCACCAGCGUGAACGUGCUGCUGCCGCUCCACCGCGCCCUCACCGAGCUCUUCUUCAUCGCCGAGGCCAAAGCUGUGGAACAAGACAUCCUCCAGGAGUACCUACUGGCCCUCACCACCACCGAGCAGCUCCUCAACCACACAGCUCAGGCACUGAAGAACAUUGCUGCCAUCAGCCUGGCUAUCAAUUACCCCAACAGAUCCACCAAACUUCUCAGCACCUCUCCUUAAAGGGAAUGAGUAAGAAACUGAAGGGGGCAAAGACAAAGAUGGAGAGGUGGACAAAGCUUCCUGCUCCCGAUUGGACACUUGGGGGGAUUAAUUUUGGGGGCUAGAGGCACACCAGGGGUCAAGCCCUCCUGAUGUCUUCCAGAGAAACCUGCCUGUAAAAGGAACUACUUCCAUUAGUUCCUGUCUGACAGGCUGUGAAGUAAGAAGGGAUGUAUUUUUCUAUUUCAUUCUUGUUAUGAUUGUUGUUCUCAUCACUUCUAGCAAUGCCCUCCUGAUCACAACAGUUGUUGCCUUAGGUGAAAUGCAGUGGAUAUAUCCGUACGACAUGGGGGUUUUGGGGGAACGUGCUGUCCUUUUUCGGUUCACUUUUGUUUUGCUUUUAUGAGCUGUAUUACUUGAAGUUUUCUUUUUUAUUGUUUUACUUUAUUUUAACACACAUGUAGUGUGCCAAAUUUGCCACAUUUACUUCUGGGCGGGUUCUGUUUUUUUUUUGUUUUUUUUUGGUUUUGUUUUAACAGACAAGCCACCUUAGGUGAGACAAUCGAUCAUCGUGGAAAGCAGGUCACCUUGCUUGCCUCUCCUGUUUUUUUUGUUUUUUUUUAUUUCUUCUUCCUCACUCUCUCUUUCCUUUCUGCUGUGUCUCCUGGCGGACACGGUGACUAAAAAUACCCAAAUGCAGCGCGGUGCGCUCGGGAGGCUCAUCAGUCACGCUGGCCUCAGACUGGUUCUCGGAGCACUCGUGGAAACACACACACACACACACAAAAAAAAAAAAAAAACUUCUCUUCAUCCUGCCUUUUAACCCAUGAGUCUCCUUGGGCGACUGUUCUUCACCUGCGGAAGCGCUCGUUAAACCGCAACGUUGACAUUGAGCUGAACUUUACUUCUCGCAGGCAUCAGUCAGUGGCUAGCAGCUAAAACCCAGAUGGGUUGUGAUGUGCCAUGGCAAAACAAACCAGGGGCGUCAAGCCUCUGAACGCAUAGAAACGAAUGUGACCCGAUAAGGCUGUCAGUAGAACUCUAUACUAACAUGAUAAAUGAACAGCGGACAUCAUAAAACUUUCUUGAGUUAACAGUUAUUAAGUUUAACUAUUAAAACAAUCGAAUAGAGAGUCUGUGUGUUGUACUCGGGUGACAUGAGCACUGCACAGCCUUCACAGUCUUGCUUCCCGUCAGGUGGACAGCGGCACACGUCCAGUAGGCUACAGACCUGUGCACGAGCACAUUUGCAUGGUAUGAUGUGCCCUGGUGGGUUUGUGAAAUAACCAUUUCACAUUUGCAUAACAUUGCACAGCAACACGGCCCCUUGCAGGUCCUUGUCUGAAUUUUUGUCAUUCAUAGAUCAGGAAUUUUAUUCAGCUAUGUGUUCCCUGCUCGAGCUGUCCUAAUUAAUUGUGUAUGUAUGUGUGUCUGUGUGUGUGCGUGCUCAGUCACUUCAGAGACGGACACAUUGCAGGUCUUAAUGUUUGACAAAAUGACAAGAACAUCCAUUUAUUUUAUAUAUAAAUAUAUAUAUUAACUGCAUGGCUGUCAUUUUGCAGAGAAACAAUAUCACUUUACUCAUCGCUCAGUGUCUAUCAGCUAAGGGUGGAUGAACAAGAAUGUAGUCUUCAAUUUUACAAUCUCACCAUAGAUUGUCUCAUGCCAAUACCACAUUUCCCCCCAAGACUGUAUAAUGGUCAUAUAUAGGAAUUAACCAGGACAUGUAGAAUUUAGAUAUUUAUUUUUCCUUUUUUAAUUUGAUUUUAGAGGGAGAGUGAUUUCAAUGGAAAUAUAUGCCAAAGAAACUCAUUGUCAAAAGCACGCCCAUACAAUAGCUCCUCUACUCCUCUCCAUGACACGUGUAUGUGUUUGUGUGUGUGUUUGUGUGUGUGGGUGUGUGCAGAUAUAUGAGCAGUUGUGACCUCUGCUUCUCAUGUAGGAUUCACAAUGAGUACUGUAUGGAAAGAAGUGAGAUGCCGAUUCAUUGAUCUGUUGAUUGAUUUAGUUUUUUAUUAUUAUUUAGUUAUAAACACAUGCUGUGGAGGUCGUUUUGUCUAACGUUUAGCCUGGAGAGGAGAGGAGAGGAGAGGAGCUCUCGGACAUCUAAGCCACCUUUACAGUCAGUCUCUGCCGGUUUUGUUUACACUUGGAUCAGUCAGGGCUGUCCACCACGCCACAGGGUCGUCGGCUCUGGGCCUGGGCCAACUCAGCAUGGCUGCAUGGCCAGUUGGGGCACUCACUCCCAGAGGGUUUACCUCAACUGCGCCUUAGAUAUGAACAAUAUGUGCCUACGAUUAAAUAAUGAAGCAAUCUUAAUUUAAUUCUCAUAUCAUUCUUCUCAUGAAAUAUAUUUUUAAAGAAAAACAAUGUAUUGAUCCAUUUAAACCUUUUCUAUCUUUUUUGCCUAUAAGUUGGUAAAAUUGUUUAUUUUCCUUUCUUUUUUUCCUCUUGGUCAAUAUUAAGUUGAAAUUGAUUUUGUUUUUGAAUGUAAAUACUUGUGAAUAUUGUUAAUUGCACAUAUAAGUAUUGGGUAAUUAAUGAGUAAAACUUUCAUAUCAGACCUUUAUUCCGUUUGAAGAAAAGAAAAAAGAAGUCCAAAUAAAUGCUAAUUUAUUGUGUUGAUGUGACUGGGGAACGAAUACCUGAACUGAUUUGUGGUUGACCUUUUUGAUUAAAAUACAACUUUGGUGUGCACCUC